AGAGAGAGAGAGAGAGAGAGAGAGAGAGAGACAGUGAUGGAGACCAUUGAAUCAGGUAUGGUGGUUCCGGCCGAGGAGACCCCGACACACAGCAUCUGGCUCUCCAACCUGGACCUACUGGUGGCUCGCUCCCACACCCCCACCGUCUACUUCUACCCCCCCAGCGCCGCCCGACCGAUCGGAGGCUUCUCCUUCGCCGUAGAAGCGCUGAAGGCGGCGCUGGCCAAGGUUCUGGUGCCGUUCUACCCCCUGGCCGGCCGGCUCGGGCUGGACCUAGCCGGCAGGGUCGAGAUCCAGUGCACCGGGGAGGGCGCCCUCUUCAUGGUCGCCCGGUCCGCCUCCGCCAUGGACGACGUCCUUGACGACUUCGCUCCUUCGGAUACGAUAAGGCAGAUGCUGGUGCCAUCCGUGGAGUCCGGCAACGCUCCUUGCCCCCUUGUCAUGGUUCAGAUGAUCCUCUUCAAGUGCGGUGGCGUGUGCUUGGGCGUAGCAGUGCAUCACACUGCCGCCGACGGGCUCGGCGCGCUUCACUUCGUCAAUUCAUGGUCCGACAUCGCCCGAGGCAUCAACGUCUCUGCCCCUCCCUCCCUCGACCGAACCCUCCUCCGUGCCCGGUCACCGCCGACCGUCCUCUUCGACCACGUCGAGUACAUUCAAAAGUCAGCAGCCAAGCCGUCCACCGGCAAGGCCCCUUUCGAUACCGCCAUUCUUAAGCUAUCGAAAGAACAGCUACAUCUCCUCAAGGGCAGCGGAGGCGGAAAGAAAGGUCUCUCCACCUUCAAAGCAGUGACGGCUCACGUAUGGCGGUCAGCAUGCAAAGCGCGCAAGCUCGGGGGCGACCAAGAGACGAGGCUCUACAUGACGGCUGACGCACGUACCCGCGUCAAGCCGCCGCUUCCCGCAGGCUUUGUGGGCAAUGGCAUCUUUAGAACAUCGGCGGUUGCAAAAGUCGGGGAGAUCCUGUCCAAUUCGCUGGAGUUCGGGGCCGACAAGAUCAACGACGCAACUGUUCGACUAAAUGACGACUACAUAAGGUCGCUGAUAGACUACUUGGAGCUGCAACGAGACGUGAGAGGCCUGCAGAAGGGCUCAUGGGUGAUUCCCGGCACCGAUCUCUGGGUGAUCAGCUGGCUGGGGCUGCCUAUAUAUGAGGCUGACUUCGGGUGGGGGAAGCCGGCGAUCAUGGUGCGCGCGACGCUGCAGUUCAGUGGAUUGGUGUACAUCAUGCACGACUCCGGCGUGGAGGGGGGGCUGUCGCUGGCGGUGGCCAUGGAGCCGGAGAACAUGCCGCUGUUCAAGCAAGUAUUCUACGAGGAACUUGAGGCUCUGAAGCAAUCUUAGGCAUGAUUCUUUUCAUCAGCUUUGAUUUCUUGGUGUUCUGUUUGAAUUUAGAGUGUCAGAAUCCGAUUAAGUAGAGCUUCCAUUCAAAUAAGGCCAUCUGCAACUCGAGCAUUUCUUCUGUGUUGUCGCUUGAAAGCUUGAGUGAAUCAAUGUCUGUAGUAGUGUCCUUAACUCCUUUCAUCGCUA